AUGGCAGAAAAUCGCAAAAGAGAGCAAGAAGAGAACCGUGAAGAACAAGAAGUCCUUCAGAUGCAACAGGCACGGAUGGAAGCCCUUAAUCGGCAACGAGAUGAAAGGCUGAAACAAGAAAAACUCGACAGCGAAAUUGCUCGAAGGCUCGCCCAGGAAGAUCACAGCUUGCAUAUGCUGGAGGCGGAUAAUCUUAAUUCCGUGAAAGGGAUGAAUGUCAGUAACGGAUCCAAAUACGACUUAACAGGAUUCAAAUUCUCUAAAAAAAAUCAGCUUUCAGAUACAGCUUUGCUACUUGCUUGCAAAGAAGAGUUUCAUAGGCGUUUGCAAAUUUAUCAACAGUGGAAGAAUCGGAAUCAAAGUCGUCAAAACAAUGACAAUACUUGUCGUUUACCGAUGGCAUUGCUUGCCGCAAGUAGCCGAAGUUUUGCACCAAACAUACAGCGCAAUGACACUAAUAUUCAGCGAUAUUUCAAAGUACCAUUUGCGAAACCUGCUCAUGGACAUAUGGAUAUGUGUGAUAUUUCAAAAGUCGCAACUUCGUAUGGUAUGUGGUAUGCCCAUUUUGAUGGACAGUGGAUCGCCCGUCAAAUGGAAUUACAUCCUAAUAAGAGGCCUUUAUUACUUGUUGCAGGUCGUGAUGAUUUGGAAAUGUGUGAAUUAUCUUUGGAUGCUACACAGUUAACAAGGAAAAAAGGGGCAGAAAUAUCAGCUGUUGAAUUUGAACAGCUCUGGCAUCAGUGUGGUGGACCCAGUUAUCAUCUUCGAUCUAAUUUUCAAAAAUACUAG